CAUGCCUGUCCAUCAAUAAACAAACCCAACCCUCUCCCAGCUUCUCCUCAAAAUUCUCCAGCUACAUCAAUCUCGUGCUGUUUCAGUACAAAACACUUCUUCUUUUCGGAGAGAUUCAAACGUUCCGUAUCCCCACGAUUUUCUAGGAUAUUGGCAUGGAUACAGCCCGUGCCCCCGUCAUUGUCCGCCAUCAUAUCUCUCCCGCUUCGCCCGUUUCCCAAAAAACUCCCUACCACCAUUGAGAGAAAGGCAUGUCCCGUAUACCUUUUUCUAACUCUCAAACGAGGUCGGACAAUUAUCAAGCGCCAUCCCGGGACUCCCUUGAGCUCGCCUCGCUGGCGUCAUCGCCUGAUUCCGGUCCUCGAUCGUCCUGUUCCUCCUCUCCUUCGGGCGUUUCAUCUUCGCGCAAGCUCUCCCUAGACGAUGAAGACCCUUUAUCCAGCUCUCAAUUGCACCCACAAUCUCCAUCUGGUCGGCCACGAUCCGCACGUUCAUACUCGGUGUCCUCUGCUUUUGACUUCGGGGCAACGCUCUUUCCCUUAUCGCAGACCACCGGCGGAUAUGCCCCCUUGGGAGCUCCGUCCGCCUUGGACGGAGAGGCUGGCCUAGCGGAUGGAUCGUUGGAGCGAAACAAAACCUUGACCUACUUGAAUGGUCUGUCUCUCGUUGUUGGACUGGUCAUCGGCUCCGGCAUCUUCUCCUCCCCGAGCCAGGUCAAUGUCAAUGCGGGUUCACCAGGCGCGUCGCUCAUCGCUUGGGUAGUUGCUGGUUUGCUGGCAUGGACCGGAGCGGCUAGUUAUGCAGAGCUUGGUGGAGCUAUCCCGCUGAAUGGAGGUUCUCAGGUCUAUCUCGCCAAGAUCUUUGGAGAAUUGGCGGGUUUUCUAUUUACUUGGUGUGCUGUCCUUGUGCUGAAGCCCGGGAGUGCUGCCAUUAUUGCCAUCAUAUUCGGAGAGUACGUCGUACGCGCAGUCGUGGGGGCCGAGGUCGAAACAAUUAAUCCGUGGAUAAAUAAGGCCGUCGCCUUUGGGGGACUCAUGGUCGUGACCUUGUUGAAUUGCAUCUCUACACGGGUAGCCGCACGCAUUGGUGACUUAUUUAUGUUUUUCAAGUUCGUUGCCUUGCUGGGGGUUACGAUCAUUGGCAUAGUGGUAGCUAUUACAGGCCUCUCCUCAACUGGAAGUGCCAAUAAGGAGUGGAAAGCUGGCUGGUUUGAGGGUACGAAGAUCGACGUUUCCGCAUGGGCGUUGGCUUUGUACGCGGGUCUUUGGGCAUUCGAUGGCUGGGACAAUACCAACUAUGUCACCGGGGAAUUCAAGAACCCCAAUCGGGAUCUCCCACGGGUGAUUCACACAGCUAUGCCGUUAGUUAUUCUAUCAUACAUCCUUGCCAACGUCGCCUAUAUCCUCGUGCUGCCCCAAGCGACAAUUGAAGCGAGCAACACCAUCGCUGUGCAAUUCGGUGAUAAAGUCUUUGGUCAUGUUGGUGCUCUUAUUUUCGCACUGGUCGUAUCUGCAAGUUGUUUCGGCGCCUUAAAUGCCACGACCUUUACUAGUGGACGUUUGGUUUACGCGGCCGGAAAAGAGGGCUAUCUACCUGAAGUCUUUGGUACUUUAUGGACCCACGACACUACCUCCACCAGUCGCCUCCAACAAAGGUCUUGGUACAGCAAGUCGCUUUCCCAGCUAUGCGGCACCGGCAUGCGGAUCGGAUACACACCCAUCAAUGCGAUGGCCCUAAACAGUGCCCUUACUGUGAUUUAUAUUGUUGUUGGCGAGUUCAAAACGCUCGUCACAUUCUAUGGAGUCGCCGGUUACACCUUCUAUUUCCUCACCGUCCUAGGCCUGAUCGUGCUUCGAGUGCGCGAGCCUUACUUGCAAAGACCCUAUAAAACUUGGAUUUCAACUCCGAUCAUCUUCUGCUGCGUGAGUCUAUUCUUGCUCAGCCGUGCCGUUAUUGCGGAACCUCUGCAGACCUUGAUCGUGGUCGCUUUUAUCAUCGCUGGCGUUCCAGUCUACUAUUGGCGCAUCUACAAACGCGAUGGACAAAAGGCCAAGAUAACCACCAGAUCAAUUUUGUUCGAUUGUCUGUCAACUAUGGGAAGCAUCCAACGAUGGGAACAAAUCGUCGCUAAGAAGCGUUCUCUGCGAGAUCAAAAGUUAGAACCGUAUAUUAUCGCGAACAAGGAUCAACAACGCGCUCCUCAGGUGCAUCGAGUGCAUGAGCGUACCUGCCUGCACAAAGCUUCAGUCAUUCAGGAGAUAACAGACAUUGAUAAUAUCCCGAAGUUGGUUGAGCAAUUGAAGUCUGGGCAGAUUAGUGCGGAGCAAACAACCCUAGCCUACAUCAAAAGAGCUGUGCUGGCACAUCAGCUGACAAAUUGCCUCACAGAGGUCGUAUUCGAGAAAGCGCUGACGCAGGCCAGAGACUUGGAUAGGGAAUUUCAACGGACUGGCAAAGUCAGGGGUCCAUUGCACGGCGUUCCGGUCACACUCAAGGAUCAAUUCAACAUCAAAGGUGUCGAUAGUACAUUGGGCUACGUGGGCCGCUCUUUUGCGCCUGCUGCGGAGGAUGCAAUUCUGGUUCAGCUUCUGAGGAAUAUGGGUGCGGUAGUGUUGGCCAAGACCAACCUACCGCAGAGCAUCAUGUGGGCUGAAACCGAGAAUCCCUUAUGGGGACUUACAACCAACCCACGAGACCCGUCACUUACGCCGGGUGGCUCCACUGGAGGUGAAGCUGUGCUACUGGCACUGCGCGGUUCUAUCUUAGGGUUUGGGACCGAUAUUGGUGGCAGUGUUAGAAUUCCGCAGAGUCUCAUGGGGCUGUAUGGCUUGAAACCCAGUAGUAGCAGGCUUCCUUACCACGGAGUUCCCGUUUCGACUGAAGGGCAGGAGCACGUUCCUUCAUCCAUUGGCCCCAUGGGAAGAGACUUAUCUUCACUAUGCUAUGUAAGCCGAGCGUUAAUCACUGCUAAACCAUGGGUAUUUGAUCCGAAUUGUCCACCACUUCCUUGGAAUGAGGAUGCCUUCCGACGGAUACAAAGUCGACCUAUGGUCAUUGGUCUCAUCGCCGAUGAUGGGGUCGUGAAAGUUCAUCCACCUAUCGAACGAGCUCUCCGUGAACUUUCGGCCACGUUAGAGGCACACGGCCACGAACUGGUACCCUGGGACGCUUCGGACCAUCUGGAGUAUAUCAAUCUCAUGGACUUAUUCUACACCGUCGAUGGAGGUGAGGACAUCCGUCGCGAUGUCGGUGUAGCGGGAGAGCCCUAUCUUCCCCACGUUGAAGCCCUUGUGAACCGCGGCCAGGCCAUCUCUGUCUAUGAUUAUUGGCAGCUCAAUAAGAGAAAGGCGACACUGCAAAAGCGAUAUCUCGACAAGUGGAAUGCGACCUUAGCCCCCUCGGGUAAGCACGUCGACAUACUUCUCGCUCCGACAACCCCUCACCCUGCUAUCCCUCACCGAAGUUUACGGUGGGUUGGGUACACUAAGAUUUGGAACUUUCUCGAUUAUCCAGCUGUCACAUUCCCUGUAGAUCGAGUCAGAGCCGAAAAGGAUGUGCUACCAACUGAUUACCAGCCAAGAAAUGAGCUUGAUGCAUGGAAUUGGGGAUUGUACGAUCGUAAAGCCAUGGAUGGUCAUCCUAUUAAUCUCCAGGUGAUUGGGCGGAAACUGGAAGAGGAGGUGGUACUUGGCGCAGCGAGCGUUGUCGAAGCGCUGUGGAGACGUGUAUCGAAGUGUAAUUAAUCGAGAAUCCACGAU